CUCUCACUCCUGUCCCUGUCGCCUCGCAAAAUUGCGGAUACUCCUAACGCUGUUACUUCCGGAGCCUGUAAUUUUCUCCUACUUUUGUGUGGGGGGUUCACCCGUUAUCUAUGUUUCCUGUUCCAUGUCCACUGAGCGGUUCGGAAGAGAGAGAAAUCGGUUCAGCAAAUAGCAGGAGAGAGAGAGAGGGAGAUGACUAAUGGUGGGAGCACACAGGCAUACGGGGAGCCGUGGUAUUGGGACAAGAGGUACAAGCAAGAUCCAGGUCCCUUUGAUUGGUACCAGAAAUACCCUGCCCUGGCUCCCAUCUUCAACCUCUACCUCAAACACAACCAUCGCAUUCUCAUCACUGGUUGUGGAAACGCAGCGCUUGGGGAGGACAUGGUCAAUGAUGGUUACCAGGACAUUGUCAACAUCGAUAUAUCUUCUGUGGUGAUUGAAGCCAUGAGAAAGAAGUACAGGAAUUGUCCCCAGCUUAAAUAUAUGGAAAUGGAUGUUCGACGUAUGAAUGAUUUUUGUUCUGGCUCUUUUGAUUCUGUGAUUGAUAAAGGAAUGUUGGAUUCCCUAAUGUGUGGACAGAAUUCACAAAAUUAUGUAAGAAUGAUGCUGAAGGAGGUUGGGAGGGUCCUCAAGGAUAAUGGUGUCUAUAUUCUGGUUACAUAUGGUGCACCCCGUUACCGACUGUCGCUUCUGAAAGAAAUUUGCUUAUGGACUGUAAAGCUUCAUGUUAUAGAAAAACCUGGGCAUGGAAAAUUCUCUGAGCAUCCAACCGGGGAAAGUAGCAAAACCGUUCCGCUAAAUGAUGAUGGUAGCUCGGCUACUGAUAUACUGGGAGAAAAUCCAGAUGUCCAUUAUGUGUUUAUCUGUGUUAAGGACAAAUUUGCGACACACGAGAAGGAGAUCUACUCUUCCUGAUGAAGCAUCAUUAAGGUUUGAAACCUUGUCUUGUAGUUUGUUGUGAGCCUAACUCAUAGCAUUCAUAUUUUAUUCUUGAGAACCAAGGCAAAACGAGAAAUGAAGUGCUUUGAAGGAAAAAGGAUUAGAGUCUAUCUGAAGAGAGUUUCCUUCUGCCUACUUGAGGAUUGGAUUUCCAAUUUGAUAUUUGUAUUCUAAGAGUUUUAAGGCUGGGCAUUGGAUCUUUGCAACCAUCAACUAAUUGAAAGCAGUGAAAAGAAACAGGUUGACCUCUA